UUCUGAAACAAAUUGAAGCAGAAGGCACAGAGUUAGUGAUGAUGUCUGACCCACGAGCUGCUUGGCCGGAUCAGGUGUCUGACAUGCUUAUGGAUUUGGCGAAACGUUGUACGGACAUGGACAGUCAUAGACGACCAUUUAUAGUGGAGGUUUUACAGGAAUUGAGGGGUAUAGCUCAAAUGGAGAGAUACUCAAAUAGAAAAGUGUGUGAGACGAAAACGGUCACUGCAGACACGACAGACAGAGAGUCUUCCAGUGCAUUUUGUGGACAGUCAAGAGAUCACCAGAAAGGGAGUGAGUACUUGAUGCUGGGUCAAUUGAAAAAGAAAACGAGGGAGAAUCUGGAUCAUGAUCAGUUAAUGGAAAGGAAACCAGAUAAAGAUGAAUCUGAGAGUCACAGCUUAUUGCAAACGAGUCUAGAAAAAGCUGCAGCCAAGAAACUGUAUGCUCACCGAUGGAUCAACCCAUCUUUACGGAGUCGUCACUCAAGCAGUGGAGUUAGUAGUAUACAGUUGAAAGAUUACCAGGGGAGUGGCAAUGAUUUCAAUGAUGUUGCAAGCAGUCAGGAGAGGAGAGACUCUUUUCUUGAAUCUAGUCCAACAACAGUGGAUACACGAUGUUACAGGCAUAUGCCUCUUGAGGCCUCCUUAUUCAGUACACAAACCGACGUCUAUUCUUUUGGAAGGGUAUUGUUUGAAAUGGUAACAGGGCUACCUCCUCACUCUUCAAACAAGAAACUUGAUCUGGCAACAUUUUUUAGACAAAUGGAGGCAGUCAGCACAGAGGUAGUGGCUAUGUUUUACCCACAAGCUCGAUUGUCUCGAUUGGUGUAUUGCAAGGAAGCUCUCAUGCUGAUAGGCAUGGAGGCUCUCAUGAACGAGAUAGUGUACAAAGUAAAGUGUCUCGUGAAAGAGCCAAAGCAAUGGCAACAAGAAAGCUUCAUUGAUCCAAACAUACCGAUUGAAAAAUACCGCAAAAUAUUUGAAAAGCGGAAUCUGAGUGGAUAUUUUACAAACAAGAAUCUCGAUGACUUUAAAUUUGUGUCAUCUGCAUUUUUUGUAAAGCCAGGGAGUAAUGACCUAAUGACAGAUCAAUCCAACAAGAAUGCAAGAGACCCUCCGUAUAAAUCGAGGUCGCUGACUGCCUGUCAUGCUUCAAAUGCAUCUGUUGCACAACAAUUACAAGCAGACAACAAAGAAAGGAAAACAGAUGAAUAUGAAAGUGAGGGUCAUAUCCCAUUGCAGACUACUUUAGAAACAGUUGCAGCUGAAAACCUUUUUGCUGACCAAUGGACCAAAUCGUCUGCACCAAGUCGUCACUCCAGCUCUGGAGGUAGUAACAGACGGUGGAGGAAAGAUUAUAAGGGGAGUGACAGUAACGCUGAUAAUGUUUCAAGCUGUCGGGUUAGUAAACUGUAAUUGGGACUAGUAAGUUGGUAAUUAUGGACAAACAAAUUAUGA